UGAGAGGGUGCGCGCGCUGCAGGAGGUGGUUGCGGUAAUUGUUGUUGUUGUGGUGGUUGUUGUGGUUGUUGUGGUGGUGGUGGUGAUCAACACCGGUGACGAUUAGCUGACACGGUCCUGAAGCCUCCCCUAGGUCGACUCUGCCUCAAAUGAGUACCCGGUGAGUGAUGGCAGGACACGGACACGGACACGGCCACGGCCCCGGUGGUGGGCACUGCGAGGCGGAGAGCCACGAGGAGGAUGCGGAGAGAGGCGUGCAGUACGGACUCUUCCUGAAGAUCGACCGCGACCGGCUCGAGUGCCUCAACGAGCAGCUUGACGGCUCGGGGAAGCAGGUCUUCCGGCCCUGGGAUGAGCGGAACGACCGGAGCAGAUUUGUUGAAAGCGAUGCGGAUGAGGAGCUGCUAUUCAACAUCCCGUUCACUGGGAAUGUGAAGCUGAAGGGGAUUGUGCUGAUCGGGGGAGAAGAUGAGUCUCACCCUGCGGAGAUGAGACUUUUCAAGAACCUGCCACACAUGUCGUUUGAUGAUACGACACGGGAACCCGACCAGGUGUUCGGCCUCCAGCACGACGACACGGGCCUGCUGGAGUACCCCACCAAGAUCGCGCGCUUCUCCAGCGUCUACCACCUCUCCAUACACAUCUCCCGCAACUUUGGCGCGGAAGCCACGCGGAUCUACUACAUCGGGCUGCGGGGAGAGUGGAUGCAGGCUCACCAGCACAAGGUGACCCUGUGCACAUACGAGGCCUCGGCCAAUCCAGCCGACCACAAGGUCGACCUCUUCACCCCUCAGACCCACUACAUUUCCUGAAGGCCUGCGGGCCUGCUACGCAUUCGCUACGGAAAUCCUCUGAGCGGCAGUAAACUACGCGACCCCCCCCCCCCCCCUUAAUUUGUUAUGAUUCACGUUCCCAGUGAUGACAUUCCACCACAGUGUCGUCGUCGUCGCUGGGAAACGAUGUGGCUCCGCUUCGGUCGGUCAUUGCAGGUGAUGCCAUGCGCUGUGUUUGUUUUGGAUUGGCGUGGUUCGCGCCGAUUGUGACCAUCUCGGACAGAAUUCUGCCAGUUACACGUCGAGUGUAUUGUGUUAUAGCAGCCUCGCUGGAAGUGUCGAUUUAAGGUUUAAGUUAUUAAUCAAGUUCUAGUAUUUUUUUUUUCUUUUGCGGUAGACCCCCUUCCCCAUUAACCGCACUACUUCCGGGAACUUGCACAGAUGGGCAUUUUUUAGCGAUUCUCUUAGCGGAUAUAAGAUUGGCCAUAGAGGAUGAGAGCGGGGCAGGGAGUGAGAGAGGGGGGUUGCCGGUGAUGGGUAUGUAUGAAUGGUUUGAUACGGUGAAAAAUAAAUGUACUACUGGGUUUGCGUAGUUUGUGAUCGGGUUGUGCGUGGGGUUGGUCAUGUGCGUGUUUCAGUGCACGUGCGGUUGGAUGCAUGUACGGUUGACAGCCUGAAUGGUGGAAUGCAUUUACGAACGAUUGACUGCAAAAACGCUUGUGUGUUUGGAUGUGUGUGUAUGUGGUUUAGCACGCGUGGUUGACUGAAGCAUGGGUAAUUGACAAUCUACCGUCAAGUAAUUUUUCAUCCGUUCAUUCAUAUUCAGAUUUGAGUAAAUUUCUACAUGUUUGGUAAUUCUUUCCUUCAAUAGUUUUAAUUAGGACAGACAUCUUUUUCACAAAGUACUACCAAUACGUUUUUGCUCAUUUGUGCAAAACAAAGCCACUCCUUAAAGAUUAUGGCUAAGACUAGCAGAUAUGUGACCCAGUGUUGACCAAAGAUGCUGUUUAACAUCUUGAUAUUUUACUGAUCAUGGCAUCUUGGUUUUAAGGCGAUAAAGCAAGUUAUCGUUGAGGUUUGUGUAAAAACGGCUUUAACGAAGUUGCCCAAGGCAAAGCAGAGUUAACAUGUUGAAUGAAGCACAGCCCAAAACAUCUCUCUUGUACCUACACAAAAAAACAGGUUGCGCUAGGCUGUCCAACAUGAGUUGGAAGUUUUGUUAAUGAGAAGCGAGGAACCAUACUCGUGGAUUUCUGUAAUGCUCUCCAACAUAUGAUUGUCCUCAGGUGUAUUUAAUUCCACACUGACUAGCGUGGUGUGAGACAUCGCUGUGAGAUGACGUCGUGGGUAGUUGAGGUCUGUGUGUGACAUCGUCGCCUCGUCUAUUCAGCGCUGGAUCUUUAAUGCCAAGUUUAUUGCAACCCUUUUGAUCAAUUUUGAUCGUUUUUUUCUGGAAAAGUUUGUCAUAACAAUAUAACUUUAUUAUGGAAUGUUAUUUAAAUUGGAUCCUGUAUAGGACAACUAUUGUGAACCCCUCCGCAAAAAAACACAAACCCCUCUCCUGUGACAGACACAGAUGGAGGCCAUGAAGUAUCCACCAUUAAUGUCGCCGUACUUUUUGGUACAGCGUCACUAUUGACAUCACUUUGGGCACACCUCCAAAGUCGACUUAAACUCUUCGUUUCUCAAAUUCAUGUUGGAGAGCCCGGAGCACACAGCGGAGGUGUUUUCCAGAGAAGAAGAAGCCCGUUUCAUGUUCUCUGUUAUCCUUUAAACCCGACGUGAAGGUGGCACACUCCUGUCCUAAAAUAUGUACUGCGCUUAAAAGUGCCGCACGGCUAAUUCAUUGUCUUGCACAGCUACGUCAAAAGGCUCAAAAUACUUCUCUAAUCUUCCACCUGAUCCUACAUUUUUGUCUGCCACUUACGGCUAUACACUUGAGGGUACUUGUUUUAGCGAGUUGAUUGUUGACCCUUUGUGAGUCUCUGGAUGCUUGGAACGAAACCUCGUUUGUGAAAACCUGGCUUUUUAUUUGAAUUUGGAUGCAGCAAAAAGUCCCCUGCAGUCCGCUGACUACGUGUGCGUUUUCUGCUGACGUUUUGGUUGGAGUCAACAGCCACCAGGCCAGUGACACUGUGGCUUAGAGUGCCCGACUCAAGCAAAAGGUUGUGAGGGUUUAAAAUCCCCGCAGGGGUUAUUGGGGGUGCAAACUCAGCAUUGCAUUAAUCUGGGUGUUAACAAUGAGUACUGCUUUUUUUGUUGAAAAGUUAGGUGGUUUAACCCAUGGUUCAACUGUCCCCCACCAAAGUAACGUGAAAUUUGCAGCAUUGGUUUUGAAUUGUAAAUGAAGAUGAGCACUGCCCCCUUACUCGUUUGAGUCAGGUGACACUUCGGGCUUUUUCAGUCAGAGGUGAUUCGAAUAGCACGUACAAUGUCAUGUUACUUGAGGCGUAUACUGAUGUGAUACAAUGUUACGACUUAAGCAAAAUUGUCCAACGCAUUCGGCUCAAGGCACUUUGAAGACGGAGUGAUCAAUUUAACUCGUGUGUAGGUGCUAGAUGGAAUGUUACAUCACAGGACAACUUGGCAAAGCCUUCAUCCAUCCAGCAUUGUAUUGAUCGUGGCCAAUGAUGAUUAUUGGAUGGGUCACUGCAAAGGGCCUGUGUUCAUGUUUUCUUAAGCACAAAUAUUUUAAACCUGCUGUAACAACCAAACCAACCAAGGUGGAUUAAUUUCUUUAAAGUUGAUGUCACCAGUCAAGUUGCGAACAAUGGGAAAAUAUCAUCUCGACAAUGAGUUUUUUUUUAAUUUCUACAAUGUGUGACGUUUAUUUGUUCUCUUAUAGCAACAGGCUCCUGUUUACACGAUCACACGACGGUAUAAUUGGGGAUGUCGUAGCCUUACAUGCGUGGAAGCCUUAAGCGCUGCUGCCAUACUUGUUUGCACUGUUUGUACGUAAACAUGCGUGACUCCGUGUGUGCUUGCAAAGCCAUGAAUGUAUACACGAUUACACGUGGGUGUUUGCAAACGUCCACUGGACUGUGCUUUUCUCUCCACAGGUGUGUAUUAUUAAUGGUUUGUAAGAGGGAGAAAAGCCGUGGAAUAAAUGUGCUCUGCAGAAAUGAA